UCAAUUGUAAAUGUUCUUUUAAACAUGGAGGGAAACAUGACUGGAAACUACGAGUUUGUUAUGUGUCAAAGAAAUGAUACGGCCACUACCUGGGUACCAGCCUUUCUAGAAUAUAGCUUUGGAACAAUAGGAAAUGUCAUCGCGCUCGUUCUUCUAUGGAUCAAUCGCCGUGAACACCAAUGGAGUUCCUUCUACAAGUUGUUCACCGGUCUAGCAAUAACUGAUUUCUUAGGGAUCUUUCUUACUUAUCCAUUUGUACUUCACUGGUACGCCUCGAAAUUCACGUGGUGUUACACGAGGCCCUUGUGUGAGUUUGUUUCUUUCACGUUUGUUAAUGCUCAUUUAUCUGGGGCUUUACUUAUCUGUGCAAUGUCUGUUGACCGAUUCAUGCAUCUAAAGUAUUCUGCGGGCUAUGAAACCUCAAGUCAGCACUACACGCUAAUUCUAGUAGGAAUAUGGAUCACUUCCAGUUCAAUAGCGUCAUUGCACAUACUUGGUGUAGGAAAAACCAAGCUCUACUUCCCUGGAUCUUGGUGUUACUUUGAUUUUGUAGGAAACACUACGGGAAUCCGCAUAAUGUCGUACUUCUACUCCACGAUUGGUUUCAUUAUCAUACUUGUUACAAUCACAACGAACGUCAACACAAUAUACCGAAUCUGCAGAGACCCAGAACUAAGAGUGAACCUUCUGGAUGGCAAUCGCGUUUCCGGAUUUUAUGAUUCCCAUGUCAUGAUUUUCUUAACUGCUGUUACCGUUUUCUUUGUCAUUUUAUGGACCCCUCUUGUUGUGGACAUAUAUCUACAUGCUACCAAUAUUAUAUCGCAUCGAGAGACCGAUGCAAUCGAGUUGUGGCUUUGUCGGAUGUGUAUCUGUAACGCUAUUGUGGAUCCAUGGUUAUAUAUUGUGCUCAGGAAAGAGUCCCUGCGCAGAAUAGUUUUAUUUUAUCGCAGAUGCAGAGGGACACGGGAUACUCAGGACGUGGAUGAUCCUGGAUUCAAGGAAAUAGAUACGUUACUUCGUCAAUAGUACUUAGCUGUUUUCUUGAUUAUACAAUUGAUAGAGAAUAUUGAUUUGUUAUGGAAUAGCGAAUAGUUUCACUUUCUAUUAUGCACUGAUUAAUGUUGGUCAAUUUUAAUCGGCUCUUAGGAUAUGGUAUAUAAAUACGAAUAUAGCGAUUAUUUGAAUUGAUUAUAAGCAUAUCAUCAUAUUUUCAUGUAGAUGAUAUAUCAAGUAAAAAGAAUGAAUCAAAACAGCAAUUUAGCUCAUGAACAUUACAAAAUAUCGUAGCUGAUGAAAUAUACAGGACACUUCAUAUCAUUGCUAAAUCACUCAUGAACAAUACAAGGCACCUCAUGCCACUGCUAAGUUACUCGUGAACAAUACAAGGCACUUCAUGUCAUUGCUAAAUCACUCAUGAACAAUACAAGGCACCUCAUGCCACUGCUAAGUUACUCGUGAACAAUACAAGGCACUUCAUGUCAUUGCUAAGCUACUCGUGAACAAUACAAGGCACCUCAUGUCAUUGCUAAGUUACUCAUGAACAAUACAAGGCACUUCAUGUCAUUGCUAAGCUACUCGUGAACAAUACAAGGCACCUCAUGUCAUUGCUAAGUUACUCAUGAACAAUACAAGGCACUUCAUGUCAUUGCUACAUGUAAGUUACUCAUGAACAAUACAAGGCACUUCAUGUCAUUGCUAAGUGACUCAUGAACAAUACAAGGCACUUCAUGUCAUUGCUAAGUGACUCGUGAACAAUACAAGGCACUUCAUGUCAUUGCUAAGUUACUCAUGAACAAUACAAGGCACCUCAUGCCAUUGCUAAGUUACUCGUGAACAAUACAAGGCACUUCAUGCCACUGCUAAGUUACUCAUGAACAAUGCAAGGCACCUCAUGCCAUUGCUAAGUUACUCAUGAACAAUAUAAGGCGCCUCAUGUCAUUGCUAAGUUACUCAUGAACAAUACAAGGCACUUCAUGUCAUUGCUAAGUCACUCAUGAACAAGGCACUUCAUGUCAUUGCUAAGUCACUCAUGAACAAUACAAGGGACCUCGCUGCGUUGGUGAAUUACUCGUGUACAAUACAAGACAGCUCAUGAACAUAAAAAAAAUCAAUCAAUCAGCGGAUUUAUGUUCAUAAACAACCACAAAAGUAAAUAUAUUUCUUAGCAUCAGAACGUUCUUCAAACCUAUACACAUUUGGAGAUAAAUAGAAAUGCACAAAACCGGAACAAUACAAUCAAAUAAGUAAUGAAACUCGUCAUCAAUUUCAUUUUGAGGCACAAUUUACAAAUUCUAUUUUCUCUUGGUUACAUUAUACUACCUGCAAACUUCAACACGUGAUAUAUUUCAAAUACCCGCAAGGCAAAUAUUUCAAGUACGUUUUAGGCAAAGUAUUGUCCUGUAUAUUUCAUGAUUAGGGACUUAAAGAUUAAACAUGUCAUUGUAUUACCACCACUGUGUUAAACAUGUGACCAGAUUCACAUUUAUGUGAAAAUACAGACUUCACUAUCUUACAAAAAAAAGAACCCCCUCCCUUUAUUUCAGGGGUAUUGAUUGGUGGCCGAUGACGCCCCAUCUUUGACACCUUUAACUUAUCUUUGGUAUUGUAAUGUAACCAAUUUGUAUUGUAAAAUGCUACGUUUUAUGAGUGAAAUUGUUCUUAUAGUGUUGUUGUUUGAUUAUGUAAUAUUGCAUAAUUUUUCUGUCAUUUAUUUUGCUGCAUAAAUUACCAUUCCUAGUCCUUAUAAAUGUGUUAUUUUGCUAUUUCUCAAGACUGUGUGUAUAGGUGUCAAACUGGGCACCAUCCUAGCAGGUUUCUAUGAAUAAAUCUAAUGUACAUUAUGA